AUGACGACCAUCACCCAAUACGGCCUUACCGAGAAGGCCUUAUCCUACCAAGCACCACACCCAGCGGUCGCAGAGAAAGAGACGAGCAAAGAUCGCGCUGCGUUCGCCGAUCCAGAGAAGAAGUCUCUCCUCGCAGCUGCCACGAAAGUCAGGCAUUUGACUCCAUACGUUGGAACCGAGCUGGUGGGCGUACAAUUGAGCCAGUUGAACUCCCAGCAGAAAGACGAGCUCGCAUUGUUGGCGGCCGAGCGCGGAGUCGUGUUCUUCAGAGAUCAGCAUAUUGAUAUCGAUCAGCAGUAUGAGCUCACGAAGCACUAUGGUGAUACGACAAAAGCUGACAGCGGAUCCAAUUACAGCGAUAUCCGGGCAUACUCAAACUAUGGCGCGGAUUACCACUCGGAUCACUCCUUUGAGAUUAACCCUCCAGCAUACACUAUGUUGCGUCUCGUCCGUACGCCGGAGACCGGAGGCGACACUAUCUUCACCUCUCAGACGGCGCUGUACGACAAAUUGAGUCCCGGGUUCCAGAAGCUCUUUGACUCGCUGCACGCUGUGCAUAGCUCUGAGGCUGGCUUCCUGAACUCGGUGAAUAGAGGCGUGACCCCUUUCCGUGGUCCAGUCCGCCGUGAGCACCCAUUGGUGCGAACUCACCCCGUCACCGGCGUAAAGUCCCUCUUCUACAACCCAUCGUUUGUGAUCCAUCUUUCCGAACUCAAAGGCCAAGAAGCAAUCCACACUCUCAACUUCCUCCGCGAGCACCUCCACGCUGCGGACGACUUGACCGUGCGCUGGAAGUGGGAGCCCGGAAGCGUGGCCUUUUGGGACAACCGCGUGAUCGCCCAUCGUGCGAUUCCAGGAGGCUAUGAUCCGGCUCAGCGAGAGGGCAAGAGGACGGCUGUAUACGGCGAGAAGCCUUACUUUGAUCCUAAGAGCGAGAGCUUGAGCGAGAAGACCAAUAGAUUGGGCGUUGGAUCGAGCGUCAAGAUCACGAUCUAG